CAGCCGAUUGGCUGAUCGUUUGACAGCUCCUCUAUAAAUAGGGAGCUGUCCAAACGAGCAGCGCGCGUUCCUAUCUAAGCCGGUUCUGAAGUGUUAGCUUGUACUUUAAGGGAAUAAACUUGUUAGCCUUUUAUUCCUGUCUCUGCCUCAGUUCUUCUGGCUACCCACAGGUCCUUGGUACACACCACUGGCGACGAAGGUGGGAUUGCCAAACUGAGGUACGAGAAGCUGAAGUCACUGAUAGCUGAAGUCACUCGCUGAGUCACUAGAACCGCGCUUAAUCAUACCGCGACGAGACGUCGUUGGUUCUGACAGGAAUGGCCACGUUAAACUUCGCGCCAUUCAACUAUGGCGCCGAGACAUGGGAGUCGUACACGGCUCGAUUUGAAUGCUUCCUGGUCGCACACGACCUUACCGAGCUGACAGAUGAGAGGAAAUGCGCGUUUUUCUUGUCCGUGUGUGGCUCAGACGUUUUCCACACAGCCAGAGCUCUGACAGCUCCUGACCCUAUUAAGGCCGUUCCGUGGCCUGAGCUAAUGGCCAAACUGAAGAGCCAUUAUGCUCCGUCCCCGUCCAAGAUAGCCAGCCGGCACGCCUUCCAUCAGCGCAGCCAAGCUGAGGGGGAGUCCGUGAGUGCCUACGUUGCUGCCCUACGAUCCGCCGCCCUGCACUGCGAGUUCCGGGACUUAGAUGAAGCCCUUCUCGACCGUUUAGUGUGUGGCCUCCGCGACCUCAAACUACAGAAGAGGCUUCUAACAAAAUCAGACUUGUCGUUCCAGAAAGCCUUCGA